AAAUGCAGGUAUUACCUCUGGUCUUCUUUGCUUCGUCUGUCGUCGCUCUGCUUAUCGUGCGCACCCCCAAAACGAAGAGGAGGGUUUGUGCGCUCUAUCUUCAAUGGCUAUUAGGGUUUUCUUCUUCGCAUUUAUCCUCCUUGCCUCUCCCUUUCUCCAAGUUGUUAGAUGUCAAUCGGACAUCGAUGCAGAAGCAGCUGCUGAAGUUGUUGAAGAAGGUGGGCUUGGGAUUGUUGGUGAUGAUAUCCAAGAUUUUGGUGAUGUAUCUUCUUCUCCAGCCCCUGGAGUAGAUACAGUUUGUGUCUUUCCGAAAAAUGCUGCACGUGUGGUGCCAGCUGGGGAAGAGACUGAACUACUAGUUGGAGUGAAUAAUGAAGGCGAGUCAGCUUUGAAUGUCGUUGCAAUAAGGGCCAGCAUUCAUCUUCCUUUUGAUCAUCAUCUACUCGUCCAAAAUCUUACCGUGCAGGAGUUCACUAAUUCACAAGUACUAGUUUCUGCCCAGGCAACUUUCCCAUACAUCUUUGUUGUUAACAAGUACUUGCAGCCUGGAUCGUUUGAUCUUGUGGGUACUAUCUUUUAUGAGGUGGACCAGCAACUACACCAGAGUGUUUUCUAUAAUGGCACUAUUGAAGUUGUCGAGGCUGGUGGUUUUCUCAGCGUCGAGUCGGUUUUCCUUGUUACUCUUGGAGUUGCCCUUAUUGUUCUUCUUGGUUUGUGGAUAAAUGGUCAAAUACAGCAGCUCUCCAAGAAAACAAAGAGGGCACCGAAGGUGGAAGUUGGGACUGGGACUACAGAUGCUUCAGUGGACGAAUGGUUGCAAGGGACGGCGUAUGCUCAAUCGCUGUCUUCAAACAAGUCAAAGAAGAAGAAGUAGGCCCCUUCGCUUGUGCUUCUGUCCUAGGGAUGGAUGGUUUGCAAAGUGGGUGCGGCCCCUCGCGGCCCCCCAUUCGGCUUAAGCAUCCAAAGAUGAGGUUUGUGCUUUUGGAUUUUGUAGUAUUUUGCAUUAUGCAACGAGGUUUUCUUUUUUGCAUAGCGACAUUAAUCAUAGGGAGUUAGAUUCAGAUACUAACAAACAGAAAUGUCCAAAAAAUAUUUUGAAUUUUUCUUUCUUCAA